ACUUCCGCUUCAGUAAAUAUUGAUAUAUUCUCACAAAAUGCCCUUAAACAGGUUAAUGUAAGCUCCGAUUUAGCAGACAACGCUUGUCGAUUUAUUUCCAUUUGAGGAGACCUAUUCUAAUUCCACGCUUGAUAAUACGAGCGAAAUAGCAAAGCUCUUUGAAACAUUUUGCAGUAAGACACGGGAGCGGUAAAGUGUGCGUUUUGUAACAGAUUUGCUGUAACGAAGCUUGUUAGUGUGCAUUUGUUGCAUUGUCAGGUGCAAGGACGACGCCUUGCGAGUGAGAGGCAAAUGGAACUAAUGAGUCCGCUACUGUUGUAUGCAUUUCUAACACUAGUGCCGCAAGCGCGAGGAAAAAAUAAAAUGGGAUAUUCAUAUUAUGAUACAGCCAAUGAUACGAUAACAAAAACGCGGGUAAAUGUUGGAAAAAAUAUAAUCUUAAAUGUUAAUAUUGAAGCUAAUAAUAAUAAAGCGAGUGAUUUGCAGGCUGUGUUCACGGAUCCAUCUUGCAAAAGCUGCGCUAAUUGUAUGGAACGAGUUGUAAGAGCUCACAAAGUGCAUCGCCUAUCAAAAAUUAGGGACGAUGACAUUUACCAGCUUUUGACAAAGAAAGAUAACAAAAUAAAAGAGAAAAGAAGCGUUCAUUUCGAAACAAAAGGCGAGAAGAAAUCGAAGAAAUCUAAAGCGAAAAAGUCAGUAUCAGUAAUAAAAUAUAACGAGAAUGGUGAAAUAUACGCGCUGAAAGUGAAAGAAACGAACAAUCAAUUAAUAUCAGAACCGAACGUAACACGAGCUAUUUCUACGACGUGCCAAGUUUACAGCAUACAAAAAUCUUUACCCUGCGAAUCGCCCGAAGCUGAUUUAAUUCUGACGGCUUCGAAAAGAAAAACAAACAAGAAAAAUAAAAAGGUACAAGGAAAAAGGGAAACGAAUGUGCCCACUGAAGAAGCGGUGAUUGCGUCGGUGUUUAGAAAGAGGCACGUCGAUAACUCGGAACUACAGGAGCAUUAUAUGACUUCGCUCGAAGAGAUGUAUUGAUUUAUAAUUUGUAAUGUUUAAAUUGUUGCUAAUUUAAGUAAAUAUAAAA